ACAAGCAUUGACAAUCAAUGAAUCAAAAUGUCCUCUGUAAACCGAUCUAUGAAUUGCUUACUAUUAUAACGGAUAUGAAAUGAUGGUAGCGGAAGUUGAAAAAUAGCUUUUUUUAUGCGAACACCGGGAGUAAAAGGGUUUAUUUUCGAGGGACCAGACGUGACGGCAAGAUGAUGAAGAAUGUUUACGUCAACCGAUCCCUGGUCUACGUUAAAAAAAUAUUGCCCGGGAGGAAGAUUACGGCCAGAUAUUUGCUGACGUUGAUGAUCUUCUGGUAUAUGAUCGUAGAUAUCAAGGUUCUGUUAUAUCAGCCAUGGAAAGACAAAAACAGAGUCCGUACUUUUGUGAAUAAGUUGCCAUCUGAGGAAGGAAUUCCAAAACACAGAAGAGAAUCCAACGCAGAGAGACUACGAACGGUAGAAAACACAUGUAAAUAUCUAGGGUAUAAUGAAACUGGAAACGAUACUGACAUUCGGGCACAUAUGGACCCGAAUAAAACAGUACUGUAUUGCCGAAUUAACAGAUGUGGGUCCAGUUCCUCCCUUGAGGUAAUGAGACAACUCUUUGGUGAUUGUGAUGUGAACUGCCUACUGAAAAAUGGAGUCAGUGUCAAAAACAACGUAGAAAAUGCGAGUGAAGUAAUGGAGAAAGCAUUUUCGUUUGUAUUUGUCCGUGAGCCAUAUGGACGCUAUCUGUCAACAUAUAGCAACACUUUCUACCUACCAAAGAAGGACUGGCUUUCUAGAGGGACGCAGUUGAUACAACAAGUUCGCGAAAACCCGUCUGAAUUGAGUCUGAAAUACGGUCAUGAUUUGACUUUUGCGGAAUUUAUUAAGUACAUAGUUGAUCGAUAUGAAAAAGGCCAGUUUCUGGACGAGUUUUUCAGACCAAUACGCCACAAAUCAUGUAACCCAUGCACAUAUAAAUUUGAUUACAUUGGUAAAGUGGAAACGUUUGAAUCUGACUGGGAUAUCAUUCUUAAUGAAUGGAGAUCGAACGAAAUAAUAAGUGAUUAUCCCUCUGACAUAGUCAAAAAAUUUAGAUUAGUAACAUUUAAUGGCCCGUUGAAUCAUUUAUUUGUAACUAUAGGUUUACUGAAGACUUCAGGAAUCCCUGUCCAUUCCCUGUUUGUAAGAACGUGGACUUACUUUCAAAUGAUUGGUGUAAUUUCUAAACAUGUCCCAAUACCUUACCUUAAAGAAGAAAUAGGUAAAAUAAAUCUAGCCGAUUUCAAGAAAACGUUAUUGAAUGCGAUAGAGUUGACAGAGGCCGAAAGACGAGAUAUUUCAACUCAAAAAAUUGAAGCAAUGCGCCAGAUUUAUCUAACAGUUCCGAUGGAUUACAUGGAAAAACUCAGCAAGAUGGUACGGGAGGACUGUCUACUCUACGGCUACGAUGAAAGACCGGCUUUUUUGUUUGACAGAUCAAAUAACAGAUACAAUGAAAGUGGACGUGAUUUCGAUUACUUUAAAGCAUUGCAAGUAUAAACGUGUCAAAGAAACCGUAAUUAGCCGAGGAAGUUGGCUGGAAAAGGGAGUGGAAAUCGAUUCUCCACUGUAGGUGUUUCCAUUUUGUCUCGGGUUUGACCAAUUGAAAUGCAAUCCGUUUUCUCUCAAUCAAAUGUUUAUUCUGAACGUUAUUGGAGAUAACUUUCAUACGAAUCAACAUAGAAAAUGCUGUAGUAUAGAAAAAGUUAAUUAUACUAUGUUGCAAACUUGAUGUGGUUAAUCAGACAGAAUUUCUAACAAUUGGACUUGAAUGAUUUAUGGGAACAGCUGCUUCAGAAAAAAACUAAAACAACAUAUGGUUGUUUAAAAUGUAUAUUGUAAGAAAUACAAGAAUCAACAGUAGUAUUUUCAAAGAACUUAAAAAGGCAAAAUAAUUCUAAAAGAUCUAGCCGACGGAAUAUAAUUUUAAAAACUACAGAAAACUAAUUAUAUGCGCAUAUUGCAGGAGAUGGUAAUGAAGGUGAAUUUUAGAAAAGGAGACGAAAUUUUAUUUAUACAACUUAAUUUUUCCUGAAAGUGAAUCAUUGUAGAUAUGUUCUUAUAUUGAAAAAAUUGUCUUCCAUAGCCCAUUUUUCAAAUAUGUUUAUUCUAUUCAAGUAAUUAUUUCUGUACUUAAACUGUAUGUGUAGUGAUCACUUUUGAAAAGUAGUUAUUAUGUACGUACCGGCUUUUGUAUUCAUGCACACGUGUACCUACGGAUGGAUGGAUGGUGAACGAAUGUGUGUAUGUAUGUAUAUAUGUAUGUAUGUAUGUUUGCCUGUAUCUGCAAGUGUGUGCAUGCUGGAAAAAUACUUAAUUUAUGUACAUGCACAUUGCAUAUUUAGACUAGAGACGUUACUGUUGUAUAGUAAAAUUGCUUUAUCAGAAUAAUAUUAUAUUCAUGACAGAAAGAAUCAUUUAGAAUGGUCAUUAUUCUGUGUGAACAGAAGAUCCACCCAUAAUUCAUAAUACAGAAUCCAGCAUGACUUGUUACAUUAAAUAUUCCAAUAUUACCAUUUUGCCACAUUACCGAAGAACUCUUAGAAAUUAAAAACCUGCCUACAACACGUACUAUUAGAUACGUUGUCAGACAACGUUUUGACUCAUUCAUUGAAUAUACGCCAGUCAUGUUAAUGCGUUGUGAAUCUGUGAAAUAGAUGUUAUAUUUUGUAUUUUGUGGUGUUUUUUGUGUUUUAGAAUUAAAAAUUAUGUUUGGUC